CUUUUUUUUUUAAUAUCAUUAUGUAUUUCUAAAUAAUUUAGGGUACUUUGUGAACAUAAGUUUUUAGGUACUUUUUAAAAUCAUUUAGAUGCACAUUGAACUGUUGAGGUAUUUAUUAUUUCGGCCAACUGCACAUAUAGCUUCUGAAUACAUUUUCUCAUGAAAGUUGCCUUUGCUAAGAGAUUGCUGGCGUAUGUGCUCAUCAUUUAUUAAGAGUGAAGCUCGCAACUAUGCAAUCGAAUAGAAAGCCUAGCUGUCAACAAUGUUUUGGCACAGAAUGACGCAGCCUCACGGGGGGCGUUCACCGUCCUCUAGCACAGUGCACGAUCUGAUCAGUCUGAAGGAAACAAUGUAGCCGAACUUUCCCUUUUCCUGGCUGGCUGAGAAAUAGUUACAAAAUAAACUAAACAAAACUGUCCCGCGACUGAUACCCCACCUCCCCCAUUUUUGUAUUACAAAAUAAAACAUAGGAUUUUGUUUAUGUAAAAAAAAGACUAAAAUCACAAGGAAUUCAGCUACACAUUUGUUUAAUUUAGGAAAUAUGUUCCCAAGUAUACCACAUUAAAAAAGAGACAUGUCUUUUGUAUGUGAUCAUGUCUCAAUGUAAUCAAGGUAUGAAAUUAUUGUUAUUUUCAAAAUACAAUCUAUUAUUGGUAUUAGUUGUCGUGAAUUUGCAGCAUUAUUAUAAUUAUGCCCCGGCCCGUAACCAUCGACUCCGCGGCUGAAUCUACUUGUCUUCGCCUGCAGUACUGUAACAAGCUCUCCACCUAGCUGUCGAGACAAGUUACUACGGAGAAUGCUACUGUAGUGUCUUCAACCCAGCGCUAUGAAAACCGCCGCGCAAAUGUUGUUCUCUUCUGUAUCCAGCCAGCCUAUGCGUAGGGUUUCCUAGGAGGAGUAGGCCUAGCGACUUUAGUUAUGUAACCAAACCAAUAUCUGAAUACAUCGCAUGAUUGUUGACGGUUGUCGAGAGGAUAGGACAGUAUCACCAAGCUCUCUUAUCUUGUCUAAUGUAGGCUAAACGCAGUUCUGGGACGCGCACGCUCGUUCAAGCCUGACUGACAGACAGAGAGGGACAGAGUGCUGGACAGUUGGGUCAAGAAAGCUUUUUGAUAUUUAAUCUCUGAACAAUACCUGUUCCCUCCCACCCUGGGUGCCUCACCCCCCACCCCUCCCCCCUCACAUCUCUGAUGGACCAGAGAGCGAAGGGGGGCCCAUCUCUACCUCCACCAUCCUCACCGCCUCUCCUCCCCACAACCCCACCACAGCAGUACCCAGAGAAAGAGGUAGGCGGUGGGACGAGGAAGAGGAUAGAGAAGGAAGCAGGUGGUGCAGUACUGGAGGUGCUCAUUGAGGGGCGCUGUGGUGCUGCAGGGCAGAGACAGCUCCCAUUCCCAGGCAGAGAGAGGAGCUGCACUGAGGGCAAUGUGAGGCUGAGGAUCGGAGUCCAAACCGCCAAACACACCAAGAAACCCCCCAGGACCCUGGAGGGCUACGAGUGUAAACCCACCAUCAGGACAUACCAGAGGCCUGGGAGGGGGGCAGCAGGGAGGGGGAGUCAGGAGGGAGGGGGAGUGGGCAGGGGAACAGCCCUCUGGAGGAGGGGGACGGAGAGCAGAACCAGGGGUCAGACCCCAGCACCACCCAGACCAGGAAGAUACACUCCUCCUCGCCUCCGUCUUCAUCAUCAUCAUCAUCAACAGCCCCUACAACCACCCCUCCCAGCCCAGCCAACCCUCAGACUGCGCCAGCCAAACAGCAGGUCCCUGUGAACCUGGGCUAUAAGAAGUCAGACACCCUACCGGAGAAACCAAGGCACCCUGACCCACCUGAUGCCCACAGCAAACUACCCUCACCUGCCCAAAUGGACCAGGCAACCCCCUCUGACCCCACAGCUUCAUCUCCCCAUUCCCCCCCUCCCUCAUCACCCCAUUCCCCCUUGGUAAAGGACCCUAGCGGUGAGGCAGGUGUUAAGGGGGAGGGAGGUAUGCUGAAUGGGGGAGUAUCUACCUGCCAUCCUACCAGACUCACAAAGGUCAAAGGUCGCAAACAGAACUGUUCUUCCUCAGCCACCCCCUCUAACGUGAACUCAACAACAAGACCUCCAGCCUCCAGCCCCCAUCAGGCUGACAUUGCAGCCCAGGAGAGGACUACAGGCUUCAGCUGCCCUCCUACACCGCCCCCAUCCACACCCCUACUUCCAGACCAGAGAGGAGCCCCAGUGGCUGAUGGGAGACUGAGUCCUGCUGCCUCCCUCACCAGCCUGAGCAGGGGACCAUUACUACCGUCCUCUGUGGGAAAUGAGAGAGGGAAGGAAGAGAAAGCCAAGAAGAAGAAAGAGAAAGAUGACAAAGCGAGGGGUGAGAAAGGGAAGGGCAAGAGAGGGGAGAAGGGGAGAGGGAAGGAGGACAGAGGGAGGAAUGAGAGUCCAAAGAUGGACAGAGAUGAGAGAGGGAAGGAGGGAACUGGGAUGGAUGAGAGCAGGAGGGAUAUGACGGGGAAGGAGGAGAGAAAUGGGGACGAGGACAAGGAAAGAGAGAAGCCCAGAGACUUGAGGAUGAAUAAAUCGCCCUCUUCUACAAAGUGUCAGAUGUUGUCUGAGGUUCAGAGCAGGAAGACAGGUACACCCAGCCCAGACCUGACCAGAGGAACAGGGGAAUCAGAUGAUACUGGUGCCCCCUCAAGACCCACCGUCUCUCCCUCCAACCCAUCCACUGCCUCCUCUCCCCUCACCUCCCUCCCUCCUCCCUCUCUCUCUCUCCAUUCUUCCUCUCCUCCUACUUCCCCCCGAGAGCAGGACAGCCGUCCGCUGAAGAAACGUAAGACCCGACGGCCAAGCUGGACCAGGCUGGUGAACCGGGCACAGAGACUGGCAGAGAACCCAGAUGGCCCCCAAGAUGCCCCCUUAGUUGCCCCACAGACCCCCACUACCCCCCAGACAUCCCCCACUACCCCCCAGACACCCGCAACUACCAACUCACCCAACCUUCGGUCAGCUGAGUCAUGCCUAGCCCCCUCCGUUCCCCCACCCUCCAGUCCGUCCUCCCUCUCCCCCUCUACCUCAACCCCUGUGAGACCCAGACCAGCAGGGCGACCCCCACCCCCCACCCAGUCUCAUCUGUUGACCUCUGACCCUAGCCCUUCACCUGGACCUGACCGUCCCGUCUCUCAGGCCAGAAAAAGGGGUCGCCCCAAAUCCCAAACCUCGAGCUUGGACGAACCCCAACCCAGACACUCCCCCAAACCUACCAGAGCUGAGGUGCUCCAUCAUGGGCAUGAUGAGACUCUGGACCCCCAUGUGCUCAACCCAGUGCUGGAUCACAGUCCCACCCUCACCAAUCCCUCUAGCCCCAACCCCAUGCCCAGGAAACGAGGUCGCCCCAAACGGCUGCCCCCCUCCCCCCUCCUCCCCAAACAGACUCUCCAGGACCAGAACAGGGGUACACUGACCCCCUCUGGAGGUGAGGAGGGGGGUAAAGACUUCCCCUCUGAAAAGGGGAACAGGAAGCUGAGGAUGAGGAGCAUCAUCGGAGAGAUGAAGAGGAGGAAGAGGAGGAGGCUACUCAGGGAAAUGCUUUCUGGGUGUGGAGGGGGGAAGGAGGGGAGAGGAAGAGAGGGAGGUAGAGAGAACUCUCGUGGGGGUGCAGGAGGGGUGUGUGGGUUGGCCACAGCACCCUCCCUGUCCUCCUCCUUUGGGGGUAACCUAGGUCCCCAGAUCAACGUGAGUAAGAGGGGGACCAUCUACAUGGGGAAGAGGAGAGGACGCAAACCCAAAGCUCCAGCUAACUCUAACCCUGCCUCUCAGUCCACACUGUUCACCAGUCUCUCUGGUCCCUCUCUCUUCUCCUCUCCCCAGCCCCAUCCUCCCCUCUCUCACCCAUUCCCCUCCCCAUCUCUCACCCACUCCAGUGGAGCCCAGAGCCCUUACAGUGAUGGAGGCUGCACAGAACCAGCUCCCUCCCUCUUCCUCCCCCACACCUUCUCCCUCCCCUCACCCUCCUCCUCCUGCGCAUCACCACGUCCUCUCUCCUCCUCCUUCUCCUCCUCUUCAUCCCUCUCUCCCUCCCUAAAGAGGAGUUCUCCAGGUCAGGGACGACAUCCCCUCUUCCACCAUCCCUCCAGCAGACUCUCUUCUCCUCCUCUUCCUCACCCUCCUCACCCUCCUCACCCUCCUCACCCCCAUCUGCCUGUCUUCCCCGCACACCUGAAAGAGGCCACACCCUCACCUAUCAGUAAAUCACACAGCAAGGAGAUGUUGCCUAGUGACAGUGUGAUUGGAAUGGACCACAACACUAUCUCAGAGCGGGGGGAGAGGAGGGGCCGAGGGAGAGGGGGGGUAACCAUGGGGAUGACCUCAGAUGUCACCAGGUCAGUGUUCCGGACAGGUUUAGGGGUCAACCUGAAGGGUCAGAGACAACCCUCGCCCUCCAUGUUACUAGAACACCCCCCCCCUGUACCCUCACCCAUCAGAGUGUCAGCCUCACCCCCCUCUCCCCCCUCUGCCUCCCCCAGACACACGCCUCCUUCUGACUUAGUGGAACCCAGAGACAGACACAGGCACAGGCGGAGGGGGUACGAAUGUCCCUAUACCUGCCCCCCCUGCCCCUGCCUAGGGCACAACCAGCGCUCCCACCUGGACCUCUGCCCCUGCCUCGGGCACCACACACACAAGAGACAGAAACACAAACGCAAGAGGAAGUACCAGCACCUGCUCAUGCACGCGCACGACCCAGACUUCCUCUCUGAACUGGACGAUCUCAUUGGGCAGUUCAGCGAGGUCCGUAUCGGUCGCCACCGUGAUUGGGCGAGAGCUGGACUGGGGCAGGAUCUCGAUGAGAGUGGGGGGGAAAAGACGCCACUCUUCCUUAUUGUCAUCGCAAAAUUUCCGCUCAAACGUUUACAGAAUCAACUUGAGUGGAUACUACUCACCUCACCCCCUGUCUUACCCCCCCUCACCCCUCCUUCUCCCCGCUCCACCCCCACCCCUGCCACGGCCUGCCUUAUGGCAGCAGAAAGCCAGAGCAGAGCCAGGUUCCACAGGAGGAGGAGCAGGCAGCUGAGGGAGGCUGGGUUGGGUGGAGGUGGAGGUGAGGACGUGGGGGUUAGGGGUGAAGGAAAGAGGGCCGGGGUCCGUUCCUGUCCAGCAGGGUCCAUCCCUGCCUCUUCAUCAUCAUCAGAGAGGCUCAAACACACGCCCCUCACCUGUCUAGGCUCCUCUCACCUGUCCUCGUUUGGGGAGGGCUGGGGGGGUCGGCAGAACCCCUGGCUGAGGAGAGGGGGGCUGGGGAAGGGCAGAGAACGGCCGCUGUGGGGGGGUCAGAGAAAGAGGCGGGGGAGAGACACACACCCUGUCACAGCACCUUCACCCCCCCCGACACACACCAACCUCUUCACCUCCUCUGUCACCAGUGGGAGGGGCAUGAGGAGCGGAAGAGACAAUUGGAGACCAGGGAGUCAAGACGGGUCACUGAGGAGUGAGGAGCCAUCACAGACAGAGAGGAGAGGCACAGACCCACACUAUGACCUGAGCAGGAGGCAACUGAAGUGGCUGAGAACCGGUCAGAGUUUUGGGGCUAAGAGAGGGCCUGGACGACCCAGGAAGAACCCUCUAGCCUCCCCUUUGGUCUCCCCCUUCCUCUCUCCUACAAGCCAACCAAACCCUCCAACUGAGACAGACGUCCAGAACAGAGACAGAAACAGAGGAGGAGGAGAUUCAGUACAAGAGGUGAUUGAAGCUGUGAUUCAGAGCCAGAGGAGGAGAAGACGGAAGAGGAGGUGCAUUGAGAAAGAGGAGGUCGAACAUCCAUCCUGUCUCCAAAGUUCUGGUGAAGGUGAGCCAGUCACCCACACCCCCUCCAUAUGCACAGGCCAAUCAGAGCUAACCCAAACUCCAUCCCUAACCCCAGCCAGCCAAUCAGAUAAGGGAGCUGACCAGCUGCCUAGGAAGAGGUUUCAGAGGGCGGGGCUCUACUCAGAUGACUACAAAACUACAGAUCCCUCCUCUCAGAACCAGCUGAACAGAGAGAGACUGGAAUAUACACCAGGAGAACAAGACUACAGCCUCCUGCCUGCUCCCAUACAUGUUGGGAAGUACCUAAGAAUGAGACGUAUUGACUUUCAGUUGCCCUUUGACGUCAUGUGGCUCUUCAGGCACAACCAGCUCCACAAAGAGCCAGAUGUUCAUCUGACCAGAGAGAUCUCAUCCUACCAACCAAAAGAGAAGAGCCUGUCCAGUCACCAGACAGGGGUGUCCCUCCCUCCCUCUCCCCAGGAGGAGUGUUCCAGUCCCAGUAAGAAGCUGUUUCCCUACCUGGACAUGGAGCCUAUGACCACCAGUGACAGGAUGUUCGUCCUGAAGCACCGCGUGUUCCUUUUGAGGAACUGGGAGAGGGUCAGAGACAGACAGAUACGCCUGAGGAGGGGGAGAGAGGGGGAACGAGAGAAAGAUGGAGGAGGAGUUUCCAGCUAUGUAGCUACUGGGGACAACAACAGCCACAUCAUGUCAGGUCGACAAAUGGCGGUGAAGAAGAAGGUUGUGUGGACUAGUGAGCCCCUUCGUGAUCCCCAGUGCCCCCAUAACCCCCUCAGCACCACGCUCCAUCUCACUCAGAACAGACAAGAGGAGAAAAAACAGGUGGAGGAGGAAGAGGAGGGCUGGAGGGAAGUCCGGAAGGAGCGACUGAACAACAUACUCCUGAAGCUGCGGCAGACAUGAUUGGUGAGAGAGGACAAGGAAGGAAGGAGGGGGGAAAUCUCAGCUCAGUCUCUCUUCUUCUUCCAAGUAGCUCAGUUCAGCUAACUUUGCACUAGUGUUGGGGGGAAAAAGCUUCCCUGAAAUGAUUUGUUAUAAAGAUGAUUUUGGGCGUUGUUUCUGAGAGGAAUGAGGGUGUUGUUGUUUACUGUACCAUUGAGAAUGAUUGACAGAUGGUCAGCAGACCAGUGACAGUCUGAUUUAAUAGUCAGAGAGGGUGGAAGGGAUCGAUGGAGAGCAUAGAGUCUUAGGGCUUGAUUCAAUUCGUAUUGCGGAAGAUCCGCAUUAUAGCUCGAUUUAAAUGUAAAGGAAAUGUUCCCGUGUUCUCACAGACUACAUUCACAGUAAACGCUGCAUGUCGGCUCAAUCUCAAAUUACCAUGACAAUAUCAUUUUUUACAAUUUUACCCCCUUUUUUGUGAUAUCCAAUUAUGAUCUUGUCUCAUCGCUGCAACUACCCAAUGGUCUCGGACAGGCGAAGGUCGAGUCAUGCGUCCUCCAAAGCGUGACCCAAGCCGCUCUUCUUAACACCUGCUUGCUUAACCGGAAUGUGUCGGAGGAAACACCGGCCAACUGAUGACUGUCAGCUUGCAGGUGCCUGGCCUGCCACAAGGAGUCGCUAGAGCGCGAUGAGCCAAGUAAAGCCCCCUCCGGGCCAAACCUUCCACUAACCCGGACAACCCUGGGCCAAUUGUGCGCCGUCCUAUGGGACUCCCGGUCACAGCCGGGAUCGAACCCCAGGCUGUAGUGUCACCGCAACACUGCGAUGCAGUGCCAUAGACCGCUGCACCACUUGGGAGGCCUACCUCUACAUUUUUAUGCAGAUCUUCCGCGAUACACAGCCCUUAGGGUUUGAUUCAAUCCCUGUCGCUGAAGUUCGGCGCUAUAGCAUGAUUCAAGUGUAAAGGUCAUUUCCAAUUGAGCCGACAUAUGCAGUUUUUACCGUGAAUGCAGUCUCCGCUAAUGCGGGACAUUUCCUUUAAUGUUCUCUUCAGCUCUACGUAUUGAAUCAAGCCUUUAAUGUAAAAGUGCCAUGUUGUAAAUAAACUGACGCCUAAGUGAGUUCAAUCUCCAAAUGCAAUACGUCCUGUAAGGAUUUCAGUACAGUAACUUUAAUAUCAGUACCAGUACCAGCUAGAGACCCUUCUAUGUAUCAAACCAAGUAGUUUUUAUUGCCUUAGUGAAUAUGAUCAUUUCAAGAUCGUUAUAUUGUACCAAUGAUAAUGCAGUAACAUUGACCUAAGUAAUGUAAUGAAUCAAUUUCAUAAUUGAUAGUUAUUAUCUAAGCGUUAAAGUUAAUAGUCAAAGGCCUUCAUUUUGCUACAAAGUGUUAAACAUAACUGACCUAUGUUAAAUAUUGCUAUGAUUGUAUAUGACUUUCUUUUCUUCACCUCUAUACUUUUUCUGACUGAUGGAAUGUUCUUUUAUUUUAUUUUGGUCAAUCAGGAAAAUGAAUUGAAUCUGAGAUUUGUAACCGUUCAUUUGUACAGUUCUCUUUGGUGCAGUUUCUAGUUUGACUUUGAACACUAAGUUGAAUGUUUUAUAGUUGACCUGUGUAUUUGCUUCACUCACUAUUUCCAAUGGGUGAUUAGGAAUAUUAUAGCAUUCAUCAAUAUAGUGAAGGGUUAUUUAUGUAGUUUGCAUGAAAUGUAACUUUGGGCUGGAUUCAAUCCGUAUCGCGGAAGAUCGCAUUAAAGUGUAAAGGUAACUUCCGAUUAGGCCGACAUAGGCAGUGUUUAUCGUGAAUGCAGUCUCCACGAACGUGGGAACAUUGCCUUUAAAUUUAAAUGGAGCUAUAACGCAGAUCUCCCGUGAUACUUCUGCGAUGCGGUGAGAAUCCAGCCCUUUGUUGUACAAUUUAAAUUGCUGCUUAUAACCUGUCUUUGGAGAAAAUACCACAGAGUUCAUCUGACAGAAUGUCAUUUCAAACAUUGACCUUAUUAUCAAUAACAAUAAAAUGGCGUUUUUGUUUACAGAG